UUGUCAAAUCGUGGCCGUCCUCAAGCGUGAACGGCGUCAAAUAAUUUUAUUGCCCGCUCAACUUCCGAUCUGCGUUCACAUUCGGUUAGCCACUAAAAGACCGCACAAUGGCAUCCAAAUUACAAGAGUAUAAAGACAACAUAGAACAAAGUCUGAACGACAAAAGCAAGCCAUGGACGAAAUAUUUUGAACUAGCCGAACAAAAGGUCGGCGUGAACAGAUUGUACAUUUUCUUAGGCUUGGUCGCGUUCACCGGUUUAUAUUUAGUGUUCGGUUUCGGAGCUGAAUUAAUAUGCAACUCGAUCGGCUUCGUGUACCCCGCGUACAUGUCUAUGAAGGCUCUGGAGUCACCGCAGAAGGAUGACGAUACAAAAUGGCUUACAUAUUGGGUGGUGUACGCCUGUUUUUCUAUCGUGGAGUACUUUUCCGAUUUCAUCGUCGGCUGGUUUCCAUUGUACUGGCUGUUAAAGUGCAUCUUCGUGAUCUGGUGCUACCUGCCGACUGAAUACAACGGGUCCCUCGUGAUCUACUACCGUAUCAUUCGUCCUUAUUACCAGAAGCACCAUGGUCGUAUCGAUGAUAUGGCCAACACAGGGAAACAAGAUUAAAAUGCCGUUUUAAUGCAAUCAAAAAAAUUAUAAUGCUUCCCGUCUGGUUACAGAUACCAUCAGAAAGACCAAUUAAACCUGCUCGUUUCUUCAUAUGUUUUAAAUAAAAUUUAAAUAGUACAAAUUACAGCACUUCGCUUAUGCGCCAAUAUAAAAUUUAAUUAAGAAAAUAAAUAAAUUUCACGUUUCAAAAUGAAAUAGUUUUUGUAAACUAAAAGUUGAACUUAUAAGAUUUCUGUUUGUUAACUUAAUAAGUGUAUUUUGAUAAACGAAUAAUGAAAUUAAAACAAAACAAAAAAAAUAGAAAUAUUUCAUUUUAAAGUCUCAUAAAAUGUAUUUCCUUAAAACGGUUUUAUUUCAAGACAUUUUUGUGUGCAUUUAAAGAAAUGCUUUUAAUUUUAGGAAUUACCUAUAUGUCGGAACCAUCAUUGUAAACUUUCUUCUUUUUUUUUUGUCACAUAUUUCUAUAUAGUUAAUCUGUGGUAAAUUAGUUGUAACGUCUCUCUCUAGCGCAAUUAAUUUUCGCGUGCUAGAGUAAGACGACUAUAUACAAUUACAUUUGACGUGAAUGAUUCAAAUCUUGAAUAAAAUAGUAUAAGUUUGUAAGUGUUGUUUUAAAAUUUUUGUCGGUAUUUUUUUUUUAGUUUUAAAAGGUAAACGGAAUGCUACAAACAUAUUAAAUGUAAGCAAUUAACCCUUAUUGGAAGAUCUCUGUAACAAUGAAUUUCUCUUAGUUCUUUUUUUUUCCAUUGAGAUUGCUCAAGGUUUUCUUUAUUAGUAUAGUAUUAUUAUGUUUCUGUAUAAAUAGGUUUCUGUUCGCGUUGUGUUACCCUAGUAGAAUAUUUUGGAGUGUUGCCAUGUUUUACCCAAAAUCAGCUACGUGAUUGAGUUUAAAUGUAAUCAUGUUUUUGUUUGAAUUAGAUUUGAGCUUAUGAUGCUAAUUAUUGUGCCUUUAAAUUUGCCACGAGAAGUUUCGGAUAUUCACACUGAUGAAUUGUCAUUUUUUUGCAUAAUAAAAGGAAUUCAUUGUG